GACACAGAGGGACACAGAGGGACUGAGGGGUAAAGGAUGGAUUUCAAUGUGAAGAAAUUGGCUUCAGAUGCGGGAGUUUUCUUCACUCGGGCGGUACAGUUCACCGAAGAGAAGCUCGGCCAGGCAGAGGUAACUGAGCUCGAUGCCCACUUUGAGAAUCUCCUGAGCCGCGCUGACAGCACCAAAAACUGGACCGAGAAGAUUCUCCGGCAGACAGAAGUCCUGCUUCAACCCAACCCAAGUGCCAGGAUUGAAGAAUUUCUUUAUGAAAAACUUGACAGGAAGAUUCCCUCUCGGAUCACCAAUGGCGAGCUCUUGGGACAGUACAUGAUUGACGCAGCCAGCGAUUUUGGCCCGGGGACCCCAUAUGGGAGCACCCUCAUUAAGGUUGGCGAGAGCCAGCGACGUCUGGGAGUUGCCGACCGGGAUUUCAUCCAGUCGUCCAUGAUCAACUUCCUCACCCCACUCCGCAACUUCCUGGAGGGAGAUUGGAAGACUAUAACGAGGGAGAGAAGACUCCUGCAGAAUAGACGGCUGGACCUGGAUGCCACCAAAGCCAGAUUAAAGAAAGCGAAGACAGCCGAGGCCAAGGCAGCAUGUGAGGGAGAAACGAUGCCUGAUUUUCAGGAGACUAGGCCUCGUAAUUACGUGCUGUCAGCCAGUGCAUCUGCGCUCUGGAGUGAGGAGGUGGACAAAGCGGAACAAGAGCUUCGAGUGGCUCAAACGGAGUUUGACCGUCAAGCAGAGGUCACCAGGUUACUGCUGGAGGGCAUCAGCAGCACUCAUACUAAUCACCUCCGCUGCCUGCAUGAGUUUGUAGAGGCUCAGGCUACGUACUACGCUCAAUGCUUCCAAUACACGGUGGAUCUGCAGAAACAGCUGGGCAGCUCCGAUGGAGAAAUGUUCCCCAGUACUUUUGUGGGUAAUUCUAACCCACCACCUUCCUCCAGUGGCAACUCCCCGUCUGCUGCCACCAUUCCUGUCGUCCCAGCCAGACCGCCCAACCCUUCAGCAUCUUCGAUGUCUUUCACCGAAUUGAACCCGGCUUGCAGCGGGACACGAAAGGCUAGAGUGCUGUACGACUACGAUGCUGCGGACACCAAUGAGCUCUCCCUCCUCGCUGAUGAGCUGAUCACGGUGUACAGCUUGCCAGGAAUGGAUUCCGACUGGCUGAUGGGAGAGAGGGGUAACAAGAAAGGAAAGGUCCCGGUCACCUACCUAGAGCUCCUGAACUGACCUCGAUCCUGAGACAGAGAGAGGAAACACUCGCAAAGCACCGCACUAUUAACAACUCCCAUCUCCUUCAUUCCCAGUGUGAAUUGAAAGCAUUAUUUAUGUUGCAAUAGAUCCCACCUCCACCCACACACACACACACACACUCUCACUCACUCACUCACUCCUGAUAACUUCAAAUGCACAAGAGCUCUAAAUGUUUUUUUUUGGGGGGGGGGGCGAAAAAAAUCUCUUGACUUAUUUUUAAUGCAGUUUUCUUACAAUUUGGGAACCUCACUGAUCUGCAUCGAAAGCAUCGAAUUGCAAGUCAUCGACCAAUAAUGAUCGGAAGCAAAUGUUUAGAGAAAAUUCUCGAUUUAAUCAACAAUUUUUUUUUGUGUAGCAGUGGUGUGGGAAGCCCCUGGAGCCUGUAGGGACUUCAGGUUUCUUUAUCUGUUUUGAGGGCUAAAGAAUCUCUUUAGUUCCUGCAAAAUCUGUCUGUAGAGUUCCCUUAUUCGAAUCGAUGGCGAGCUGUCUAUUAUCCCGCAAGGCACUUUAGUUAUUGUGGAGCAGUGUCAUGCAAAUGGAAAUACUGUAUUUAAAAACCUCCUCAACAUGCAUUCGGAGUUGACCAGAGACCAAACUUCACGCAGCGUUUUGCUUCCGGUUGGGGGUGGGGGAGAGAAAACGUAAAGAAGGAAACCCCCACCCCUCUCGUUAUACUACUUUUCUUUCAUUUUAAAUGUCACAAGUCGAUCAUUUCAACGCUGCUCUUAUUUUGGAUUGUUGCGUCUUCUGGAAACGCAGAAGUUUAACUAUUAACACACAGUACGAGAGCACCGAGAUUUGGGCCAGAUAUGGCACUGAUUAAAUUGAAGGGUCAGAUCAUGUACAUUUGGAAAACAGUUAGUUGCAAGAAUGAUUUGUGUUCUGUGAGCUGAAUGUUUAACCCAUGGCAAACUAGCAUAAUCUUCCAGGUACAAGGAAUUAUAUUUUCUAAAUAACUAAAUCACACUUAAAAGAUCUACAAAUCAACAUAAACAUCAGCUUCACACCAUACUUACAUCAUAGUUUUCCUUUAUUUUUUGGAGCUGAUUUGCACUGUUAACAUCAAGUGAGGACUAACCAUUAAUUUAUUGCAGUUUUAUCAUUCUGUGCGAGUACAGGUCUUGUCUAGUUAAGGUAUGUUGACCUUUUUCUUGUGUAAAUGUAUCGUGUUUAGUGGAAGGUCUCAAAGUCGUGCAUUCAUACCCUGGUUUGUAAUGUCAGUGGAUGUGUAUGUAUGAAUUAAAGUCAAUGUAUUUGCUGCCUGUCGUUACUGUACUCUGCAUAGUGAAUGAAUUGAAGAGUAAUAAAGCAUUCCUACAUCAGGCUUCA